AUGUCGGUCGUCGGCAUUACUCCCUUUGGGGCAAACGACCACUCUGCGGUGCUGCUUGGUUCGGGUCGUCCAGGGCAGGGGCAGCAAAGCGUGCGUUCUGAAGAUGGCAUCUCGAAUGAUUCCACAGCCGCUCCUUCGAUGGAGGAAAUGAAGACCGGUGCUGAACAACACUACGGCCACGAGAAGAUGGCCGAGGACAAAGAUCAGGCUCCAUUGUCCCGUACUGCUACCCAAGCACAACGUGAUCAAGACGAACAGGACCAUCGCGAUCGACACGUACACGCACUUGCCAGACGGUAUACUACCAGGUCCACCCACUCCGCCGCGGAGGGGAACCCAUUCGAAGCCGACGAGGACUCGCCUCUCAAUCCAAAAUCACCCAAGUUCUCUUCCAGGGCCUUUGCCAAGUCUUUGUUGAACCUGGAGGCACGGGAUCCCGAGAAGUGGAAACAACGAACUGCCGGCUUUUCUUUCAAGGAUCUUGAUGUCUACGGUUUCGGAUCUGCCACUGACUACCAGAAGACUGUGGGCAACGUUCUUUUGGAGAGCAUUGGAGCUGCCAGAGCACUUGUCAAAGGUGAUAAGGGUCAGAGGAUCAAUAUCCUUCAAAAUUUGGAAGGUCUUGUGCACAAUGGUGAGAUGUUGGUUGUCUUGGGGCCCCCUGGGAGUGGUUGCUCGACUUUCCUGAAAACUAUUGCUGGCGAGACCCACGGCUUCUACGUUGAAGAAGUAUCUAAAGUCAACUACCAGGGAAUUUCGCCAAAACGGAUGCAUAAUGACUUUAGGGGCGAGGCCAUCUACACCGCCGAGGUCGAUGUGCAUUUCCCCAUGCUUACUGUCGGCCAAACCCUUGACUUCGCCGCCUCAGCAAGGGCUCCCCGCCAUAUCCCAGGAGGUGCCAACCAUCAAGAGUUUUCCAGGUUAAUUCGCGACGUCAUCAUGGCGGUAUUUGGUAUUAGCCAUACAGUCAAUACCCGCGUUGGAAACGAUUUCGUACGAGGUGUCAGUGGAGGUGAGAGGAAGCGGGUCAGUAUCGCCGAGGCCGCCCUUGGUGGUGCUCCUUUGCAAUGCUGGGAUAACAGUACUCGUGGACUUGAUAGUGCCAAUGCUAUUGAGUUCUGUAAAACUUUGAGACAAUCAACCGAAUUAUCUGGCACUACGGCCGUCGUUGCUAUCUAUCAAGCUCCGCAAUCUGCAUACGACCUGUUCGACAAGGUCCUUCUUCUCUAUGAAGGCCGUCAAAUUUACUUUGGAAGAGCUGGCGAUGCGCUGGGAUAUUUCCAAAACCUCGGAUUCGAUUGUCCGGAAAGUCAGACUGUAGCUGAUUAUCUUACAUCCAUGACCAGUCCCCAAGAACGUACCGUUCGCCCAGGGUUUGAGAACCGGGUUCCUCGCACUUCGGAAGAUUUUGCCCGUGUCUGGAAGGAAAGUCCGGAGCGAACGAAGCUUGUAGCUGAAAUUGAUGCAUACAACAAUGAAUUUCAACUCGAUGGAGAACAUUUGACAGAAUUCCAGGAAUCUAGGCGAGCACAACAGGCCAAGAACCAGCGAAUCACGAGUCCAUAUACACUGUCCUACAUGGGGCAGGUCAGGCUAUGUCUUCGUCGUGGCUUCUGGAGACUCAGGGGUGACCCCACUUUGACAUUGACUCAGCUUUUCGGCAACUUCAUAAUGUCUCUCAUUCUCAGCAGUAUUUUUUACAAUAUGAAGCCCACCACAGACAGUUUUUUCUCGCGGAGCGCUGUUUUGUUCUUUGCUAUUUUGGUAAACGCUUUUGGUAGCGCUUUGGAAAUUCUUACUCUCUAUGCCCAGCGUCCUAUCGUCGAGAAACACUCCCGCUACGCCUUCUACCAUCCUUCGUGUGAGGCACUGGCUUCUAUGAUUACGGACUUGCCUUAUAAAAUUACGAACGCCUUCACUUUCAACAUAACGCUCUACUUCAUGACAAAUCUCAACAGACACCCGGGAAAUUUCUUCUAUUUCGUGCUCAUCUCUUUUAUGAUGACGCUCGUCAUGUCUAUGUUGUUCAGAACCAUCGCUUCCAUGAGUAGAACUCUGUCACAGGCCAUGGCCCCCGCGGCCGUCUUGAUUCUUGGCAUCGUCAUCUACACAGGGUUUGCUCUGCCGGUGCCGAACAUGCGCGGGUGGGCGAGAUGGAUGAACUAUAUGGACCCCGUUGCUUAUGGCUUCGAAAGUCUAAUGAUUAACGAAUUUGCUGGAAGAGACUUCUUGUGUUCCGCAUUUGUACCGUCAGGCGACGCAUAUGCGAAUGCUUCUGCUUCGGAACAAGUUUGCUCUGCUGUGGGCUCAACGGCUGGGUCCAGCACGGUAAGUGGCAGUACCUAUAUCAUUUCUGCAUACAAGUACAUGCCAAAUCAUAAGUGGAGGAACUUCGGAAUUCUCUGGGUAUUCCUCGUUGGUCUCAUGGCGACGUAUUUGGUUGCCGCCGAAUAUGUGACCGCAAAGAAGUCCAAGGGAGAAGUUCUAGUUUUCCGAAGAGGUCAUCUCCCAGCUGCACUCAAGGAAUCUGGAUCCGAUGUCGAAUCUGGUGUACCAACUUCUUCAAAGCCCAGCACAGCGACAAGUGAGGAUGGUGACAAUCUAAACAUGAUCAAGAAGCAGACCGCCAUCUUCCACUGGGAGGAUGUCUGUUACGAUGUAAAAAUCAAGUCCGAAACCCGACGCAUCUUGGACCACGUUGAUGGAUGGGUAAAGCCGGGCACUCUGACAGCACUUAUGGGUGUAUCUGGGGCUGGAAAAACGACUCUGCUUGAUGUGCUGGCGACGCGAACGACUAUGGGUGUCAUCACAGGCAACAUGUUUGUCGAUGGUCGUGAACGUGAUGCUUCUUUCCAGCGCAAAACCGGCUAUGUUCAACAGCAAGAUCUCCAUUUGUCUACAUCUACUGUUCGUGAGGCACUGAACUUCAGCGCUAUUCUUCGACAGCCUGCCUCGGUCCCGCGCAAAGAGAAGCUCGAGUAUGUCAACGAGGUCAUUAAGUUGUUAGAUAUGACUGACUAUGCCGAUGCCGUUGUUGGUGUUCCUGGAGAAGGUCUGAAUGUUGAGCAACGCAAACGUUUGACCAUUGGUGUUGAGUUGGCUGCUAGACCUGCCUUGCUCCUGUUUUUGGAUGAGCCUACCUCUGGCUUGGACAAAUGGUCAAGCUAUUCUCUGCACUGCAUGUUCCUCUACCCUUUUACCUUGCUCUAUCUAACGGGUCAACAGAUUCAUCAACCGUCUGCUAUGCUAUUCCAACGUUUCAACCGCCUACUUUUCCUUGCCAAGGGCGGCAGGACUGUUUAUUUCGGCGAAGUUGGCAAAAACUCUUCGAUCCUCAGAAGCUACCUCGAAGCCAACGGAGCAAAUCCUUGCCCAGCAGACGCAAAUCCGGCCGAGUGGAUGUUGGAAGUCAUCGGAGCUGCUCCAGGAACCGCCACAGAGAUCGAUUGGCCAGCAGUCUGGAGAGCCAGCCCUGAGUACCAGGCAACCCGUGGAGAACUCCAGCGUCUAAAGGAAACCCGUCCUCGAGAGACAGAAGCCGCUUCAGCGUCAGACGACAAGUCCCUCUACAACGAAUUUGCCGCUCCGGGCACGGUCCAGCUACUGGAGGUUCUCCAGCGUGUUUUCCAACAGUAUUGGCGUACUCCAUCUUAUAUUUAUUCCAAAAUGGCGCUCUGCGUAGCCUCGGCUAUGUUCAUUGGGUUUUCCUUUUUCGACGCCGGCACCAGUCAACAAGAGCUGCAAAAUCAAAUGUUCUCGGUCUUCAUGCUCUUCACCAUCUUCGGUCAACUCGUCCAACAAAUCAUGCCCCAUUUCGUCACCCAACGUUCUCUAUAUGAAGCACGUGAGCGACCAUCAAAGACUUACUCCUGGUUUACUUUCAUGGUCUCCAAUAUCGUUGUCGAGCUACCUUGGAAUAGUUUCAUGGCCGUUCUCAUCUUCUUUUGCUUUUAUUAUCCCAUUGGUCUGGUUAAAAACGCAACACCAGACGAUCAAGUUACCGAACGCGGCGGUUUAAUGUUCUUGUUUAUCUGGCAAUUCCUCUUGUUCACCUCGACGUUUACUAACAUGGUUAUCGCCGCCAUCGAAACCGCCGAGACGGGUGGUAACAUUGCCAACUUGACAUUCACGCUCACUCUCCUUUUCUGUGGUGUUCUCGCGUCCCCUAAGGUCUUCCCUGGCUUCUGGAUUUUCAUGUACCGCGUCUCGCCAUUCACAUACUUCGUCGACGGCAUGCUGUCAGUCGGCAUCGCCAACAACGACGUUGUAUGUGCCAAGAACGAGCUUCUUACCUUCGACCCUCCCUCCGGCAUGAACUGUGGCACCUAUAUGACUCCUUACCUCAACGCCACCGUUGGCCAGGCGCGUCAAGUCAUAAACCCAAGCGCAACUUCAGCCUGCGAGUUCUGCGCAAUCGGCUCGACCAAUGAUUACCUGGCUCAACUCGGCCUCGACUACCAUCUCCGAUGGCGCAACUUUGGUAUCCUCUGGGCGUACAUUGCGUUCAACGCUUGCAUGGCUGUUUUCCUUUACUGGCUUUUCCGUGUGCCCAAGAAGACGAAGACGCAUAAGGAGGAGAAGAAGAUUUCGGAGAAGGCUUGA